AUGAGUCGAUUCCUGAGCAUCGCGGUUGUCCUCGCGGCCAUCUUUUCUUCGUUCAUCAACAAUGUCGAGGCACUGGGCCUCACAGAUACAAUCACAUGGGGAGGGGAUAAUUCCAGGACAGGCUAUCAAAACAAUCACAACAUGGACCCUGCCGUGGUAGGAAGUCCCACAUUUGGUCAGAUCUUUAAAACAACGCUGCCAGGGCUCUACAUGGGUGUGAAGGAGCAAAUUUUUUCCCAGCCUUUGGUCUAUACGGCUCCAGAUGGUGUCCAGUAUGUGUAUAUCGCUACUACGCAAAACAACCUGUACAAACUCAAUGCGAAGACUGGGACUAUUGUGGUACAGCGAGCCCUUGGCCUUCCCGUACUAAGUGCAGAUCUCGAUUGUGGCGAUAUCUCCCCUUUUGUAGGAGUCACCGGUACUGGUGUCAUUGAUCCAGAGACAGGAACGUGGUACAUGGUGACAAAGACAUAUGCUGACCAGACCUUGGUUGGUGUGGCGCAAGGACGCCCAGCAGGCAGGCAGAUAUUGCACGCUGUAAGCAUAGAUAAUCUGUCCGAGCGACCUAACUUUCCUGUCGACUUAGAGGGUACAGCCGCCAGAAAUAAUCCUGCGAGGAUCUUCAAUGGUGGCAUCCAUCACCAGCGGCCCGGCCUUCUUCAUUCUGGUAAGUACAUCUAUGCGGGAUUCGGCUCCCACUGUGUGAAAUUCAAUUUCACUGGAUGGAUUAUGGGCUGGGACAAAACCACUGGACGAAUCGUCGAGAGAUAUACCACGCUUGGCGAGGGCACUACGAAAGAUGUCUCCGGUGGGAGUCUGUGGAUGUCAGGGGGGGCCAUCACUUCAGACGACAAAGGAUCCAUGUUCUUCUCUACUGGAAACGGCCAUGCUUCGCAGCUAGAUCAAGUCCCAGUCAGUGGUAGAAAUCCCCCGAGCGCUUUGGAGGAAGCUGUUGUUCAUAUGAAUAUCGCCGAAGACGGUAGUUUGAAGGUUGUGGACUUCUGGAUGCCAUGGGAAAAGAAACAGCUUGACGGUGAUGAUAAUGAUCUUGGAACCACCCCCAUCGAAUUAUUGCCUAACCAAUUUGCAUGUGGCGACGUAAAGCGAAUUGGCGUUGUCACGGGUAAAACGGGUAAAACAUAUUGGCUUAAUAUGGAUAACUUGGGAGGAUAUAGAAAUGGUCCCAAUAAGUUGGAUGCCGUUCUACAGACAUAUGAGAACGCGAAUUCGGUCUAUGCUGGAGCAGGUGUAUAUCCCUUAGAAGGAGGAUACAUUUAUAUCAACGUCAUUCGAUACCCGACGGUUGUCUUCAAGUUCAGCUGUACCAACGGCGUGCCAAGUUUCAUCAAGGUGGCAGACAGCCCUACAAAUAAUGCCUACACCUUAGGGGUUGGCCAUGGUACCGUGACCUCUCUUAACGACCAACCUGGUACAGGUCUGGUUUGGACCAGUGAUGUAAAUAACGGUAAUCUCCGAAUCUAUAAGGCGAUUCCAGAAAACGGCCUAAUGGUUCAGCUACAAUCAUUCAACAUUCCUGACACACCUAAAUUCACACGUCCCGUUUUUGGCGACGGGCGUGCUUAUGUCGGAUCACUUGCUGGCCUCCUUUAUGGGUUUGGAUCACCAGUAAAUGCACCACUUAACUGCACCGCGACUAUACAAUUUGGCUCGCUCGAGCUCAACACGAGCUCUGCUUCGAGAGUUGUUACCUGUCAAGCCAAAACCGCAUUGGUUGUUGCAAAUAUCACCUUGAGCGGGAAUGCCAACUUUAUUCUAUCAGGACUUCCGACAACCUCUAUUCAACUGGGGAACGGUGGAAUAUUUACAUUUCAAGCCGCUUUCAAGCCUUUCGAAGUAGGGCCUCUCUCUUCUGAUAUCAUCAUUACGACGAGCGGCGCAACCGGAUAUAGUACCACAACUCCAGUUGCUCUUCGUGGUAAUGGCGAAAGCGCGAGCCCCCUAUUGCAGAUCAACCCGCGCCUCCUCUCAUUUGCCGGCGCUGUUACCGGCGCAGCUCCGGAUGGCAUUGAACAGUCAGUUCUCAUCAACAAUCUUGGCAACGCACCCCUAGUCAUCAGUGACAUUGGAUUCUCUACUGUCGGGAACGGAGGUCCAUUCAGCCCUGGAGAUGUGACCUCCCAGGGGACUAAAAUUGGCGCCUUUACAUUUAUUGGUUUACCUGAGGCUAUCCCAGCACAGUCCAGUGCUACUGUCAGGGUCAAUUUUGAUACAUCCCACAGCGGCAGCUUCGCUGCCUUUGGGCAAAUAAUAUCCAAUGGAGGCACUGAUCUUCUUCGUGUCGUCGGUGUGUCAGGCGACGCUCCUAUUGGCUUGGUCGAAUUCCAGAGUGAAGACGGCACCCGCUGGAUCAAGUACACGCCCGGCAUGAGCUUCUCAUUCGGCAACGUUACCGAAAACACUACCCGUUCUCUGAAGCUCAGAAUUACCAACACAGUGGGACCUGAGGGUGCCGCCCUGGUUUUGACAGUAUCAAAACCUCCAUUCGGUCAGCUUACUAUCAUCGGGGCUGCUAACUCGGUUGACUUAGCCGAAGGUACGCGACUUGUUCCAGGAGAGAGUAUGAAUGCUACUUUGUUCUGCGCUGUUCCAAAAUCGCAGUGGAAUCUCGAUCCCACCCCUGGCUAUGCCGAAUGGACUUUGAACACAAACGAUAAUACCGGAAAGCAAGUUAUACAGUUCGAAUGUUUGGGCGUGGCCGAGCAGUCAGCGCCAUUACAAAGCAAUAGUGACCAAGCACGCUACCGUUAUAUUGGGUGCUACCUAGAGAACAAUCCUGGCCGUCAGUUAUCUAACCAGUACUAUGGGGCUGCGGACAACACUAUACCGAAAUGUACUGAUGCGUGCGCGAAGGCAGGUGCGAUAUUUUGUGGAACGCAGUAUCAUAGAGAGUGCUGGGGUGGGAGAACUAUUCCAUUGCAAAAAGUACCAGAAAUUAACUGUAAUUUCGAUUGUACAGGAGCACUGUUCCAAACCUGUGGUGGAAACGGGGAAGGAGUGGGAGCUGGCAGAUCGUACAUCUCCUUAUUUGCCGACAUCAACCAGUACAACCCCAACGGCACAAUUCCCACUUCUUCGGCGUCACCUCCUGGCACAUCAAACACGGCGAUCCCAGCCCCAACCGGUGGGCCGGUUGUUAAUCCAGGCGUAGGGACCUACGGCAGCGUUGGUUGUUACACGGAGGCAACCACGGGCAGAGCUUUGCCCAACGGCUUUGCAAUGCCUGCUGGAAGCAGGGCUGUUGGUACUUGCAUUGCUGGGUGCGCGUCCAAGAACUACCUGUACGCCGGAUUGGAAUAUGGCCAAGAAUGCUGGUGCGGUAACGCUCUCGGUACCGGCUCAGUUCCUGCUCCAUCGGGUGAAUGCCGUGUUCCUUGUGCCAAUAACGCAAGUGAGUACUGCGGUGGCAGUUCUAGGUUGAAUAUUUACCGUGCGGGUACUUUGCUAUCUAGUACUAGUAUAGCUCAAACCUCGACACGUUCUGACAUUCAAAGCUCGACAAUUGCCACUCAGACGUCCUCUUUAGAGUCAAGCACCUCUCAUAGUCUUACAACUUUAUCGAGUAGUACGACCUCUGGCUAUACUCAGGCCUCAUCUUCCACGACUAGCGGCUCAUCUCGCAGUUCUGAGGCUUCUAUGGAGAGCAGCACAACAACAACUCAACAAAGCGCUUCUCCUACACAAACCCGGCCCUCGGUCAAGCAAACAGUUGGGGCUUACGUCUUUCAGGGAUGCUAUACUGAAGCCGCAAGUGGACGAGCAUUAAGCGCGAAAAGCUAUUUCAACGAUAUGAUGACCCUUGAAAUGUGUGCCAUGGCUUGCGCUGGGUUUCAGUGGUUUGGUGUUGAGUAUAAACGAGAAUGUUAUUGCGGCAAUGCCCUUAAUCCGGGAAGCGGUUUGGCUGCAAACCAAGCAGACUGUAACCUUUUGUGCCCAGGUGACCCAACUACCCUUUGUGGUGCGGGGGUUAGAUUGCAGAUGUAUAAGCUUACGUCUCAGUCAUCCACGUCCAUCUUUUCUACCAGUAGCUCGCUCGGAUCGGUAACCACUCUUAGCAUCUCUUCUCCGACAACAAUUGUUUCAACAGAUACGCUAUCUUCUUCCAUAGUGACAACCACAACUCCACCGACGACCACCAUCACCUCUAUUUCGACUUCCACCACCACCUCGACUUCCUCAUCGCUCGUCGCUUCGUCAUCCACUGCUACCUCAUCCUCCACCGCUGUAUCGGUUUCAACUGGCGACACCAGUUCAUCAACAGCCUCCGCCACAAUUUCUUUAUCUAGCCUUUCCUCGACUAGCAGCUCAACGUCAAGUAAUAGUGCAUCAAGCACUACACCGUCAAGUACAGUCUCAUCACCCACAACUGUUCAGACAUCUUCCACAUUAGGUACUACUACAGCUUCGACGACAUCCAAAAAGAGCACCAGUGUAAGCUCAAGUAGCCGAGUCCCACUCUACACUGGCCCCCCAGUGACUUCGCAAGGAAAUGUAAACUUUACCUACUACUCAUGUGUAUCAGAGCCAUCGACAGGGAAGCUCCUCCCACGACAAAUUGAAAACAAUGCUACGAUGACCAUUGACCGUUGUCUCUCGGUCUGCUCUCAAUACCAAUAUGCUGGUGUUGAGUACGGACGCGAGUGUUGGUGCGGAAACACGAUCAACUUUAAUGGUAACAACGCGGUGACUCCAGGCAAAAACGUCAGCGACACUCAAUGUAACUUUCAAUGUCCCGGAAAUUCGAGCCAAUUUUGUGGGGCAGGAAGUAGAAUUAACCUAUACUGGUUUGAUCUUCAGAAGACUAUAAGAGAUAUAGAUGUUACUUUAAAAUUAUAG